GUUGAUGAAUUAAGUGGACAAUCGUGAAAAACAAUCGGACUCUUCAAGAUGAGGGAUUGUUGCAUGUCAGGUGGUGACCGAGAAAGCUUCAGGAUUCACCAAGAAAUUGAGAGACAGCUGAGGAUGGAUAAGCGGGAUGCAUCCAGGCAGCUGAAACUAUUACUUUUAGGCACAGGAGAGAGUGGGAAGAGCACCUUUAUCAAGCAAAUGAGAAUCAUACAUGGCCAAGGCUACACAGAGGAGGACAGGAGAGCUUAUGCCAAGCUGGUAUUCCAGAACAUCUUUGUUGCCAUUCAAGCCAUACUCCAAGCCAUGGAAAACUUCAGCAUCCACUUUGCUGAUCUCCAAAAUGCGACCUAUGCUGCGAAACUUAUAAAAGUGAAACCAGACACAGUACAGUCACUGGACUCUGAACAUGCUGAAGCCAUUAAGACUGUUUGGAAAGAUCGGGGACUGCAGACAUGCUAUGACCGCAGGAGAGAGUUCCAGAUAUCAGAUUCUGCAAAAUAUUACUUUGACGACAUUGACAGAAUCUCUGCAGCAUUUUACUUGCCAAGUCUGCAGGAUAUUCUACGAGUCAGAAUCCCAACCACAGGCAUCACUGAGUAUAUCUUUGACCUUCAGACAGUCAUAUUCAGAAUGGUUGAUGUCGGAGGCCAAAAGUCAGAGAGACGAAAGUGGAUUCAUUGUUUUGAAAAUGUCACUUCCAUCAUCUACCUGGUGGCUCUGAGCGAGUAUGAUCAGGUCUUAUAUGAGUGUGAGAAUGAGAACCGCAUGGAAGAGAGUAAAGCUCUAUUUAGAACUAUCAUCUCAUACCCCUGGUUUCAGGAGUCCUCUAUCAUCCUCUUCCUCAAUAAGACAGAUCUCCUGGAGGAGAAGAUCUCAACGUCACACCUUGCAGACUAUUUUCCAGAAUAUAGAGGCCCUAAAAAUGAUGCAGAUGCUGCAAUGAAGUUUAUCCUGAGUAUGUACGAGCAACAGAACUCAGACACACAGAAACAAAUCUACGCACAUUUCACCUGUGCCACCGACACAGAGAAUAUCCGCUUUGUUUUUGAAGCAGUGAAGCACACCAUUCUGCGGAACAACCUUUCGAUGUUUAAUUUGGGCUAGCCUAGGCGACGGAAGUGCUUUUACAUACAACGUGAAACUGAAUAUUUUUUACUAUUUAAAUAAAUAAAUAUACAGCUAUAUAUAUAUAAAAAAGAUAUAAAUAUACUGUUAAAUUGAAUAAUGUUACGGUUGCUCAGUGAGCCACUUCUGAACAUCUCUCUAUGUGUGCAACACUGUUACAAAGUGCAUCCUUUUUAUUUAACAUGUUGCCUAUUUGUUAUCGACAAAUGAUCCAAAAACUUCCCAGUAAAACGAUGCUGCUUUCUCCUGAGUAAUCCUACUUACAUGGAAAUUGUAAUUAUGAUGUCAUAAUUCCGAUAAUUCAAGUCAUAAUUAUGAUGGUACGUGCGUUCAAGUGAUUUUGGUUGGAAUAAAACUGACAAGGUGGGUAGAGUUGCCAACCAAAGACACAUAUGGCAGAAGGAGUAAGAGUAGUAUGGGUAGUAUGCCAUUCCGAACUCAGCAAUUGACCUUUGUUUGGCUCCUCCUCCUUGGCUACCGUUGCUCGCUCUGAUAAGCUCUGCAGAACUCCCCAUAGGAAUGAAUGAAGAUUGCCGUGAACGAUGCAGUUUUUGGCAAAAUAUUCUCAUAAACAGAAUGGAUAAUAUUUUUACGUGGGCUGGUAUGAAGAGUGACAUUGUAAAGCAUAUUUAUAUGAAGUUUUUUGUUAAAGAAAUUGUUUAAUUACACAGUAAUUUAAUUGAAAAACUGUGGGGACUGUGAAUCAGAAUCAAGGCAAAUGAUUAUUACUGUCCCUUAAAAAGAGAAAUACUUAAUUAAAUAACGAUUACACAUCUAAUAACAUUAGCAUAAUUGAACAGAGCUGUUUACAACAUCUCAUAACACACUCAUUUUGAUGCUGUGAACUGUUUAUUUACUGUCGCGUUUACUAUGACUUGAAUCAAUACAUAAAUGAAUUAACGUUCAGUUAUUAGCUUUAAUUUCCUUGGAGCAAAUGUAGGUGUCGUUACAGAUGUUAUACUGUAUGUUCAUUUGGGAAUGAGAGCUGACAGUUUAAUUCAUAACCUGCUCUUCUCCAGAUUUAUUCAAAGAUUAUAAAAAAAGAAAGAAAAAAAAAAAGAAAAACACUGUGGGUAUCCUUUUGGGGUAACUUGUGCCACUAUUACAAAUGACCCGGCAACAACAUGUUUUAAAGUUUUUUGAUUAUUUUGAUAAAAUCUGGCUUAAAAGUACUCAAACACACAUUACUACCAUAGGCUCUCAUUGUAAAAUAGCAAACACGUGUCAAAACAAAACAUGAAACAAGAACACACAUAAACACAACACAAUGACAGUCAAUUUUGUUUUGUUGUUCCUUAAAAAUGGUUAAACGAAUAAGUUCUGGGAAGUUUAAACCGGUUUUUCAUCAACAUUACACAAAAUUCAUCCAAACGAAACUGUACAGUCAGCAUUCACACUUGCAGCUCCUAUCAAUACCAGUGAUUCUUUCAUUUUCAAGCAUUCAGCUCAGAAAGUCUGGGCUCAAAGAGAAUUCCAACUUUCCCACUGGUAAUUGUGGCAUUGUGGUGGCAUUCAUGUUCACUCAUUAGGGACCAAGCCUCAAAGAGGCUGUAGCCCCUAUUGUAUCAGUUAGUUUUCUUCUUAUUAUUAUUAUUCUGGCUGGGAGUCUAUGGAAGCCCUAUGAACCGUAUAUAGGAAAAUGAUGAAAUUUGGCACAUUGAUAGAGGUGGAUAUGAAUAGUCCCCAUAGCAAAUUUGGGAUCUCUAGGACAAAGUCUAUAGCACCACCAACAGUUAAAAAAAUGCACUUUUCUUUUGAGGAUAUCUUUUGAACUGUUUGACCUAGAAACAAAAUUAUUUUUGCAUCUGAUUACUCUCCUUCUGAUGAUUCCAAAGGACCCCUUACAUUAAAACUCAGCCCAUUACAGUGGCUACCAUCUUAGAUUAUGUAGUUUACAAUUGAAACCUUUCACAUCACUUGGUCUGAUUUUCCCAAACAGUGGCUCAAAAUAAUCUCCAGAAUCUCCGGGCCGCACAGAUCUGACUUCACUUCAGUUAGAUUUUUACAACUGAAUUUUAAUAAAAUGCUUUUGAAAGCCUUGUCAGAUUUGAAUGAUAAGUAUUAUCUGUCUUUGACAUCAUGUCCUGAUGGUAUCUGAGCAGUUUGGAGACAGCACUACAUAGUGGUCAUAAUGCUUAGUCAAUUUAGACAAAACCUUUGAUGUAUCAUUGCCUACUUAUUCGAAGUUUUCAGAAAAUGCAGAGACAAAUUUCAGAAUGUAUUUUUUUUAUUUUUAUUAUUAUUAAUUUAAAACCUGCUGACAUGAAGCUUGGUAUGUCUCUUUAUCACCUCUUUAGCACGAGGCUAUAUAGCGUAGUGGUCCCUGUGCCAUACUUGUUAACCACGGAGAUCAAAUGGAUACCAGUUUGAACCUUGCUCCGGACAACUUGUCAACUGUUUAGAAGAUGCAAUGAACAUUAUAUCCACACUAUUCAGUGGGGCUUGGCCCCUUCACGGCUGCUUGCAGCUAUACAUUUAAAACAUUAUUUAAUAGUAUCAGAUCUUCUAUAAAUGUUUUCAUCAACACUUCAUGAGUUCAGUGAAUGUCCACAUGUAGCCAUGUUAUUUUUCAUUCCCGCACAAGAUUUCAAUUAUUAUGACUUGGUGUGACAAAAAAAAAGACAAACUUUUGAUCCAUGCAAAUCAAUUAGCCACUGUUUUUGCUAUUCAAAUAUUCUACCCACCACUGACAUGGAUACAGAACAGAUGAUACCGUAAUAUAGGCGGACAGAACAUAUCCAUCAACAAUGUCACAAUGAUCACAAUAUAUUUGGGUGGCUUGAUCUGAACUAGUUUACAUGCAAGAGCAAAGCUGCUGCUAAUCAUACAGUGAACUGGACAUUUUUAGUGGAACAUCAUAAUAACAAAAGCCGAUUUAUAACUUACAAAUGCAGUUGCUCUAAAUUUCUCAAAUGCAAAGGUUUUAAGGAACUAUUUAAUUUCAAAUGACUAAAUAAUUGUAUUGCUGUAGUUUGUGUGGUUUAGCCCUUAGAUCACAGUAGCACAAAGCAUGCGGGGUGUCUGCCUAUUGCUUUGAGUUUGUGAAAGGGAAGUAACAAUUUAGUAUGUGAACAUUUUUUAACUUUCUGGCAGAAGCAGUAAGAGUAGAAUGGGUAGUAUGCCAAUGUCAAGAUCAUUUGUGCUGAUAUGGGUUUCAAGUUCUUCCCUUUCUGAUAGUGUUUCCUCAGUUAAAGGGAGAGUUUCUGUUAUCAAUUACUCACAUUCCAAAAUUCCUGAGAAUUUCUUAUGUUGUUCUUAUCUCAACAUGUUUUCUGUUUCAGUUCAAACAAUUCAAGCAUUCCUUUGCAACAAUGUAAUAAUGUACAGUACAUGCAACAGUAAAUGUAAAUGAUCUAACAGUCCAGAUAUAAAAUUGCCAUUGUUAGCUUUUGAAUAGAAAUAACUGAAGAUUACUAUUGUUUCCUCUUCUCUGUGCCUUGAAUCUCUUGAGUCAGUUUUUUAUAAGUAUUUAUUAAGAGCAGUGUUUACUAUAAAUGUAAAAAAAUAUAUUAUGGUGUCAGCAUGUGAAAUUCUGUGCGCUAUUUUACACAAAAUAGAAAUACAAAGGAAUCUUAAAGGAAUAUUCCGGGUUCAAUAUAAGUUAAGC